ACAAUAUGCGCAAUUCUUCUAAUCAACGAGAAAUAAAUAGCUCGUGAUUAUUUCUUAUCUCAUAUCAGUAGAUUUAGUACAUCGACAAUAUUCGUUAAAAGAACUUUGAGUAGAAAAGUAAAAAUAUGAAUUCGAAAAAAAUUCCUCGGAUUCUCUCGAUCCAAAGUCAUGUAGUUUCAGGAUAUGUUGGUAAUAAAAGUGCUACGUUUCCUCUGCAAUUAUUGGGCUUUGAAGUAGAUGCUAUCAACUCUGUUCAAUUAUCAAAUCAUACAGGAUAUAAAGCUAUUAAAGGCCAAGUACUUAAUGAUAAAGAUAUAGAUGAUUUGGUUUAUGGUUUAGCAGAAAAUAAUUUGGAUCAUUAUACUCAUCUACUAACAGGAUAUGUAGGAUCUGCAUCAUUUUUAAAAAGAAUAGCUGCGUUGGUUCAAACAUUAAGACGCAAAAAUCCUAAUCUCAUAUAUGUAUGCGAUCCUGUUAUGGGUGAUAAUGGUCAGAUGUACGUUCCUAAGGAAUUAAAAGAUAUUUACAAAAAUGAAAUAGUUCCACUGGCAGAUAUUGUAACUCCAAAUCAAUUUGAAACGGAAUUGUUAACUGGUAAAAGUGCUAAUAAUUUAAAUGAGUUGCGAACUGUUAUAAAAGAGUUACAUAAAAUGGGACCACAAACUGUAGCUGUAUCAUCUGUAGAAAUGAAUAAUUGCGUAGUGGCAGUAAUCAGUUCGUUGAAAGAUGAUAUAUUGCUUAAAAUUGAUAUUCCAAAAAUACCAUCGACCUUUACUGGUUCUGGUGAUUUAUUUGCUGCUUUAUUUCUCGCUCAUACAUAUCUACAAGAGAAUAUCAAAACUGCCACUGAAAAGACAAUAAAUUCUUUACAAGGUGUUCUUUGUGAAACUUUUAGAUCAUUCCAAGAAUAUAAAGAUGAUGGAGCACAAUUUGCACAAAAAAUAGAAUUACGCUUAAUACAAAGUAAAAGGCAUAUAGAAGAUCCAGAAAUUAAAUUACGUGCCGAAUUUCUAUGAUGUCGAAUUAAUUAAAAAGAAUAAUUAUAUACAUACAUAUAUAUAUAUAUAUAUAUAUACAAUUAUAUAUCGCACGUGUAUAUAUUUACACAUGUUUUUAAAUUUAAACUAUUAUUAUUUUAUUUUUAUUUUAAUGCUAUGAUAUUACUAAUAAAUACAAGAACAAUAUAUCAGAGAAUGUUUUUAUAUAUUAUAGACUAUUAAAGAUUAAUAAUGCAUUGAGAUAAAA